CUGCACCAAUGAAAGAAGGAGAAGUACCACAGAGAGUAGGCAGGUUGCCAAGCAAGCUCGGCAGCGUGACCGAGCUGCAUUGAGUUUCUUUAAUGAAAGCCAGGAAAGAACACAUUACACAGUGUUUCUUCAGAGAGCUAAGCUAGCCUCCAGUGAUUGAAAUCAAUAAAAACAGUCGGCAAGGGGCCCAAGUGGGGGGAAGAACCAAAUCUCUACUUCAGCGUUCCAUUUGCCUUCUUUCCACUUUCUCCAUUUCCUUAAAAGUUAAACUUUGAUUAACUACAUGCUCUUCCUUGCAGCACUCUAAAGAUUUUUUUUAAAUCUUAUUUUUGAUCUGUUGAGUGGACAGCAGUUUGAAGCUUCCUUCCUACUUACCCCCUCCACUCUCUUUUACAGCAUGAAAGCCAUGAAAUUGUUGUUUUGAAUGUGAAACCUGCCUGGAAGGACACCUCCGGACAAGUGCCUGAUCUUAUGCUCAGCUGGGGAGGCGGUGAGAGAGGGAAUGAAGUUUCUACCAAAGAAACAUUAAAAAGAGAUGUAAGAGGAAGUAAAUGAUGGGAUUUUAUUCAGCAAAAGCUCUCUGUCUGGACAACAUGUCAGCUGCCGCCGCCGCUGCUGUGGCAAAUUCUCAAACUGCUGAAGAGACAGCCUCAGAAGGGGUCAGCUCGUUCUAAAGAAGAACAGGAAAAACAUCUGAGACUUCAUGUUCAGUUAAGAGCUCAAGAUCUAUCUCAGAAAUGAGACACAGGAGCUUUUGCUGAACUUUCUAAGAAAGUUUCGACAUGAGAAGCAAAAUGUAGUUCUGCCUACUAUCAAGAAGUCCGUGUACUGAAGUAGGAUAGUGCUUAACAGAAAAAGCUGGUAAACCAGCAGAAAAGAUACGGCUAUCAAGGUCACUAUGUGGAGCUGUGAAGCUUUCAAUGAUACCAAAAACAUAGAGGGCCAGCAUCUCUGCCAUGAUUUUCAUCUUGUACUUUCCAUUUUUUCAUUGCUCUACCUCAUCAUCUGCUUCCCUAUUGGCCUUUGCUACAAUACUCUUCUGGUCCUAGUUAACCUAUACAACAAAGCUACUAUGACCAUGCCUGAUGUAUACUUUGUCAACAUCGCAAUUGCUGGCCUCAUCAUCAAUACCAUUGCACCAAUGUACCUUUUGGGACCUGCCAAUACAAAAUGGGCCAUCUGGAGUUUCAACAAUGAAGUCUAUAUUACCUUGCUGAUCUUAUUCAAUGUGUCAUCUUUGGUGAUCAUGUACUCCACUACGCUGCUCAGUUUGGACUACUACAUUGAACGUGCUUUACCAAGAACUUAUAUGUCUAGUGUAUACAACACAAAGCACGUGUGUGGAUUUAUAUGGGGAGGAGCUAUGCUAACUAGUUUUUCAUCUCUUCUAUUCUAUGUCUGCAAUCACGUAUCCACUAAAAUAAUUGAAUGCUCCAAAAUGCAGAACAAAGAAGCAGCUGAUGCCAUUAUGGUUUUUAUUGGAUACAUUGUACCUGCUGUUGCCGUGGUAUAUGCACUUGUGUUGAUUCUGCGAAUACGCAAGGAGGCAACACCACUGGACCAAGACACUGGAAGACUUGAUCCAUCAGUGCACAGACUUUUGAUUGCGACAGUUUGUACACAAUUCACAUUAUGGACCCCAUAUUACAUAACUCUUCUCGUAAACACACUAACGAGCAUGCAAGGAAAAGUCAUGGAUGAAAAUUACACCCGAGUAUUACAUUUUACUAAGGGUCUGUCAAAAUUCUUGGCUUUUUCCAGCAGUUUUGUCAUGCCUCUACUUUACCGAUAUAUCAACAAAAACUUUCCAAACAAAUUGCGAAGGCUGCUUAAAAAACUGCACUGUGGAAAUCAAGGAUGUUCUCAUGAACGCACAGUUGUUCAGCAAGUCAUAACGUAGGUAAAAUUGCAUGCUGCUUGUAAAGUUUAUUUCUCAAGACAUGCUCACGAAGAACUACCUAGCAAUGAUUCUGAAAGGAAGACAGAUUUAACCUUCAUAGGAAGUAAAGAUGUUUGGGAAACUCUGCUGAGAAUCUGUCUGUCAAUUAUAAACCUUUGAUUUCUGACAUUUUCAGUGCACUGAUUCAAUCACACAGUGUAAGCUUUGCUCUAGUAAUCUGACUACAAAGAACCACUAGAGGGCUAGCUAAACACCUAGCACUUUGUAACUUUGUAGAGCUAAAAAGAAGUAUUUUUAUGUUUCAUAUUAAAAAUAAUGAUUUUAAAUUUUUUAAAUAUUUUUAUUUUAUGGUUAAGAUCACAUCUUUGCAAUUAAAACUAUCUCCACUACUUGCCAAGCAGCGCAACACUCUAAAUAAUGAAGUAUCAACAAUAACAUUACUUUAGUACAUCAUAAUACUUUCUCCCUAAUUUUUCAAUAUUCUUACACAAAAGAAACCAUUAUCUGCAAUUCUAAAUACUAUGCACAGAUUUAUCUUUGUUUUAAUGCAGUCAUAUUUUCUCCAAUUAACAAUGAAUCCCAAAUGUGUUUAACAGUGAAGCCCCAAAGCAUUUACCUAUUCUCUUUAUUUUGCUCCAGGGAAAAAUAACAUUUCAUAUCUACUUUUAAAAAAAGAAGAAAAAAAAAUCACUUUAUCAAGUAAAAUGAAGGACAGUGUUGAUAACUUUAAAGUGAAAACUAUCACACAGAGUUAAACCAUGACUGUUAGGGAUGUGCCAUCCGGAUUUUUUGGACUCCAAUCUCCAGAAUUCUCCAAGACUUCCUUAGAUAGAAUUCUGUGACUUCUCACAUAUAAACAUUGCUAACGAUACACCUAUGUUUUGCUUACUUGGAGAAGGGCUUAGUUCAAAGCCUUCCUGGCCUAGCUUUCUGUUAAAAAAGGAAGCUGCCCCAAUACUACAUGGCAGUCCUCAGGCUCCCUGGCAAGUGCAGUUAUUUGGGAGACACCCUCUAUACAUUCCAAUAGGUAGUGAGACUGCACACCCCAGGGACCUCUAAGACUCCAGUGUCACUCUGGGGCAGCUAGGAUGGAGCUAGGUCACAGAGUCUUCAAGGUAUGCCUUUCUCCAGGUGAGUGAAAUACUGGUGUUUCUGUAGGUGUAGGUCUGUGGGAUGAAACUCCCACAAUUCUUCAAGAAUCCCCCAGGCUGAAUUCUGGAACAUGGACUCCACACAAUCCACAUGGCAUGUCUAAUGUCUACCUUGCCAUAUGGUCCACAAAUAUUCAUACAGACAUAGUGCAUUAUUUUAAUAAUUGAAUAAUUUGUUUAAUUAUUAUGUUUCUGAUUGUUAUUUUCAAGAUAUUACCUCUGUAACUGAACAUCAGAAAAGCUGAAAGUUCCAAAACUGGACGUUCUCAGUCUCCUUACUGAUCUACAGAGGAGACAGACAAGACAAACCUCAUUCAUAGUUCCUUACAAGUUUGCACCACAGUUUGAUGAGAAUAUGCAACCUAGGAAAUGCACUAGGAGCUGAAUUCUGAUCAUUCAAGCCUUAGGGAUGUUGUAUUAAUACAGACCUGGUUUUCUUCCUUUGUAUAUAUUACUAGUCUUUCCAUAAGAUACAAGUCAACAAGCUGGCUAGAUAGCUCAGAGAGUGGGUGUCUGGCUGCAGGGCCAAAGGAUGAGUUCAAUUCCCCACUGUGUGU